AAUACACGUAGUUAAGUGGGCGUAACAGCCAGGAGGCCCAUCGAAUGAGCUUGACUUCCUUGACUCAUUUUACUUGCAGCCCUUUGUAUUUAAUUCUUACCACGAAAAAUCAUCUCCCCCUUUUGCUCCGCCGUUUCUCCGACUAAAUUUUGUAUCUCCGGCAGAAGACCAAAGGAUUAAUCACCCUCUUUCGGGCCUCUCUAAUUUCAAGUUGCGAUGUCUCAGGUUGAUAACAGAAAUUCUUCUGCUGCCAAACGUGCCCGAACUGAUGGUGGCCGUAGGGAGGAUGACUGGACUUGUCCAAGCUGUGGGAAUGUCAACUUCUCCUUCAGAACAACAUGCAAUAUGCGCAACUGUACUCAGUCUAGGCCUGCAGAUCACAACUCAAAAUCUGCAGUUAGGCCCAUGCAUGCUCCACAGAGCUAUUCACCUUCAGCUGCAUAUGUUGGGUCUGGUGCUCCCUCUUCAAUGUAUAUGGGUGUAACACCAUAUGGUGGUUCAUUGUUCAAUGGACCAUCCAUGCCAGCCUAUGACAUCCCUUUUUCUGGAGGUUCAGCUUAUCAUUACAAUUUUGGGAGCCGCCUUUCUGGGGGCAGCCCGUACCGCCCUGUACAUCUCUCUACUCCUCCACCUCCAUACACUGGUGGGUCUAUGAUGGGAAAUGGUGGGAUGUAUGGUGUGCCACCACUUAUGGAUCGAUAUGGUCUAGCAUUGCCAAUGGCCCCUGCUGCCAUGGCACCAAGACCAAGUUUUUAUCCUGAUGAUGAUUCUCAAAAGAAAGACGGAACACGUGAUAAUGACUGGACAUGUCCCAAGUGUGGAAAUGUCAACUUCUCUUUUAGAACAGUUUGUAACAUGAGGAAGUGCAACACACCAAAGCCCGGUUCUCAGGUUCCUAAAUCGGGGAAGACUACUAAACCAGACACGCCAGAGGGAAGCUGGAAAUGUGAGAAAUGCAACAACAUAAAUUAUCCUUUUCGGACCAAGUGUAACAGACAGAAUUGUGGUGCAGAGAAACCAUCUGAAUCCAAGAAUUCUCCUUCACAAUCAGCUGAUGAGACUGAUCAGUGAGUACUAGGGCUUGUUUAAGGGUUGAGAAGGUCCAGAGUUGUCGUCCAGCAUUGCUCAGUGUGGGUGUCUGAAAGUCGGUCAUGUCAUCUUCCUGUUGCAGCGGGUGUCAAGUUACUGUGCCAUCUUUAAUAUUGUGUCAAAGUUGUACUAACUGAAAUUGGUAUUUUGUGGUCCUUAUUGAUACUUGUCGAGUUUCGUGAGGUCUACCAGCUCAUUCUGGUUAGAUGCUAUUGAGGUUGAUUUGUUUAAAUGUUCAAUAGGAUUUUUUCUGGUAUUGCUGCACGAAAUGUUAGAUGGGUUGUUGGCA